AUGAAGUUAACAAGAUAUCUUUCUCUCCUCACCCUCGUGCUAACGGCAAAUGCCGCAGACUGCACCGCGCCAAAUCAGCAAUGGUUUAGUGAUGCCGCAGUCCAAAUGAUGUGGUCCAUCCGGGCCUGGCUAUGUCCCAAUGCGUGGUCGCAAUCCAUCACCGCCGGACCAGAUGGCGGCUGGUGUGAUGCGGGUGGCGGCGUCAUCAGUGCCUAUUGGGGAUCCUGGACGAUCUCUGGAAUGCAAUCCGAGCAACAAUGCUGGCAAGGCGCGGAUAUGAUAGGAGGAUUCAAUAUGGAAUACUUCAUCGUAUUGCAUGGUUUUGUUCUUCUUGAACCACUCAAGGCUCCAAUCAUCCAUCUUCUGUGUCUCAUCGGUGGGGUGUCAAACACAAACAGUUGA